AUGCUCGGACACAAGCACUUUACAGCUUCUAGCACGCUAGCUGGUCCCAGCAAGCCUGUUGCUAGGGCGUCACCCGAAAUUAUCGAUGUCGACCUUCUCGAGGACCCCGAACACGGUGAAACUGCCGUCUCUGGCUCGGGGAAGAAGUCUAACAGACCCGUUGCGCCUCGAACACCAGUCUCAGACGAACCUGGCUUGUCAAAGACAGAAGCAGCAAUCUACCCUCCAUUAGAUGUGGACCCCGUUGCCUAUUCUCUCGAUAAAUGCCCGUGGCAGCGCAAGUCUGCACCGUAUUCGUUUCUAGCUCAUGGACUCGCAACGCUUUCGAGCACUAAAUCGCGCAUAGCGAUCAUGAACGUGCUGACGAACACACUUCGUGCCAUCAUCAAGUUCCACCCCAUAUCUCUCUGCCCUGCGUUGUAUCUCCUCUCUAAUACGCUAGCACCGCCUUACACCCCUAUUGAAUUAGGCCUGGGCCCUUCCAUCAUGUCUAAAGCAAUUCAGGACGUCUCUGGUUUGACUUCGGCCGCUCUACGGCGCCUCUACAAUUCAACCGGAGAUCCAGGCGAUGUCGCCUUUGAGGCCAAGUCGAACGUUCGAACGUUGGUCCCCCAUCCAUCGCUACUGAUCGUUGGGGUUUAUGACUCGCUGCUCAAGAUUGCGCAAUCGAAAGGCACGGGCGCUGCGAAGGCCAAACAGAGUAUCGUCCAGAAGCUCUUGGUUUCGGCCAAAGGCGAGGAGACUCGUUAUCUAGUGCGGACCCUGGGCCAGAACCUGCGGGUGGGUGCCGUGCGCACGUCGAUCCUCACAGCACUCGCACGAGCAAUGGUCCUGACACCGCCCGCGUCCAUUCAAUCGGCUGGCUCCGCAUCCUAUGCCUCAGACGCGCUCCUGGCCGAGAUAAAACCUCUUCCGGCGGGUUCAAAGAAGAAGAUGGCGGACACGGCAAGGGAUGAUCUGCUGGAAAAGUUCACUCGUGCGGAGGCAGUCAUCAAGAAAGCCUAUGUGCUACACCCGAAUUACGACCACAUCGCCGCAGCUCUUGUUGACGUUGGGCUGGACGGGCUAGCUGAACGCCUGCCUUUGACAGUGGGAAUACCUCUCCUUCCAACUCUGGGCUCGCCCGUGCGGUCGCUAGACGAAGUAUAUGACCUAUUAGGAUCACAGCCGUUCAGCGCCGAAUUUAAAUACGACGGACAGCGGGCGCAGAUACACGCCGCCCGACGAUCUCAAGGAUCAAACAUUGUGAAGAUCUUCUCACGACAUCUUGAAGAUAUGACUGACAAGUACCCUGACGUCUCCUCCCUUGUCCAAGAUAUCUUUGCAAAUUCCCAAGAAACCGAAUCGUUCAUACUCGAUGCAGAGAUUGUGGCCAUUGAUCCCGUCGACGGCAGCCUCAAGUCCUUCCAAGAGCUGUCGAAUAGGGCACGAAGGGACGUGAAGCUGGACGACGUAAAGGUGUCAGUUUCUGUCUUCGCAUUUGACUUGAUGUACUUGAAUGGGGAAAUCCUCCUUGAAAGGCCGUUUCGGCUGCGUAGGUCGCUCCUUCGCACCGUCUUUCCGCCCGUGGUGCCGGAUAGCACGAGUGCUGCGCAGUUCCAGCACGUGCAGAGCUGUGAGAGCGCGGACGGGAGGGAAGCUGUGGAGCAAUUCUGGCAAGAGGCUGUGAGCAGCCGUAGUGAGGGUCUCAUGAUCAAGCUAUUAGAUUCCGGCCUGGUGACGGAGGACAACAAAUCGAGGCGGAAACCCCUGCCCGCAACGUACGAGCCCGAUAAGCGCACGGCGGCAUGGCUUAAGCUGAAAAAGGACUAUGUCACCGGGCUCGGGGACAGUCUUGACCUCGUGCCAGUCGGCGCAUGGCACGGGAACGGGCGCAAGGCACAGUGGUGGAGUCCGAUCCUUCUGGCAGUCUGGGACCCCUCCACGGGAAAGCUCGUCGCGGUUUGCAAAUGCAUGUCAGGAUUUUCCGAUGCAUUCUACAAGGAACUCAAGGAACGAUAUCUCGAAGAUUCGGAGACAUGUUCAAGACAGCCACAAUGGAACUACGAGGUUCUGACAGGCGGACUGAAGCCUCAAGUGUACUUCAAGCCGCAGGAGGUGUGGGAGAUCCGGGGAGCGGACAUUACUAUCAGCCCUGUCUCCGUUGCGGCUCUGGGAAUGGUGUCUGAAGCGCGCGGCUUGAGCCUGCGGUUUCCUCGUUUCAUCAGGGUGCACGACGACAAGGCGGUGGAGAACGCCAGCACUCCCGAGUUCCUCGCAAACAUGUACCGCUCGCAGCAAGGCAAGGACCGGAGCGGAGUGGACGAUGGCGAUCUUGUCGACGUUGAUAUGCAAGAGUCUGAGGCAGAGGACGCGUACGACUCAGAUGGUUAG